AUGGUGAUUCAAUGGCUGAAGAUGAAGGUUGAAGAUGGUGGCUGUUCUAGUUCAAGUGAGUUGCAAGCGCAGUGGUGUGGAGUUGCUGCAGUUGUGAUGUGGCGUAUCCAGGCUAUGGCUGCUAACAGGAGGAGGAGGAGUGGUGGUGCUGAUGACAUCGCGGAGGCGAUCCACCGGAUGGUGGAUGCGAUGCAGCCACCUGUAGCGGCACAGCCUAGGACGGCGACUGCACCAGUUAGGGUGCCAACUAUGAAGGAUUUCCUACGUCACAAGCCAGCAGAGUUCACUGGCAAGGCCUCCCCUGAUGAAGUGGAUGCAUGGCUUCGCAAGUGCGAGAAGAUUUUCAGGGUGAUGAACUGUGAGGAUGAGCAGAAGUUGCUCUUUGCUACCUAUCUGCUGAAUGAGGAUGCAGAAUAUUGGUGGUCAGGUAUGCAACAACAAAUGGAGACUCGGGAGGAGCCGACAACCUGGGCAAACUUCAGGAUUCAUUUCUUGGAGAAAUAUUUUCCAGAUACUGCUAGACAGGACCGAGAGGCAGAAUUCCUUGCACUGCAGCAAGGAGAUAUGUCAGUACAGGAGUACAUCAACAAAUUUGAACAUCUGGCGAGAUACUCCUCACAGAAUAUGACUGAGGAGUGGAGGUGCUUGACGUUUGAGCGAGGACUCAAACAUGAAUUGAAGAAGGUGGUGACGCCUCUGAUAGAGAGGAGAUUCCCGGUCUUGGUGGAACAGGCCAAGAGUGCUGAACAUUUAGAGAAGGGCCCUGGUCCUAUUGUGAGCCGACAUCAGAAGAAUGUCGCGGAGGCUAGGCAGAUGAAAAAGUCGUAUAGCCGACCUCAGACAUCUCAGGGACACUUCGCCAACAACUGCCCAGAAAAGAAGAGUCUUGUCACGAAGAAACCUGCAGCAUCGCCAGCAGAGCGGGCUAGGGCAGCGGGCAAAGUCUUUGCUCUGACCACCAUAGAGGCUGCACAGUCGGGUAAUCUUAUCCUUGAACCUUGUAUGCUGUGUGGUAAUUUAGUGUUGGUGUUGUUUGAUUCCGGGGCAACCCAUUCUUUUAUUUCUAAUGUGUGCGUGGGGAGAUUGCAAUUGGUGACACAUGAUUUGGGAUGUGAGUUGCUUGUCUCAACUCCCUCCUCAGGUCAAGUGGCUACCAGUUCAGUAUGCGUUGGGUGUUCUAUGGAGGUGGCAGGUCGCAGAUUCAAUGCGAACUUGGUGUGCUUGCCUUUGGAGGGACUGAACGUAAUCUUGGGGAUGGACUGGCUGUCUAACAAUCACGUCAUAAUUGAUUGUGGAUGGCGUAGUUUAGUAUUCCCAGAACAUGAAGGACUGGAGUUAAUCUCGGCUCAGAGGGCGAUAAACGAAGCAGAAGCUGGAGCCACCUGCUUUAUGAUAGUGGCUCAUGCAGAAAAGAAUAGUACCGUCGAGAAGAUCAGUGUGAUUCCAGUCGUGGAGGAGUAUGUCGACGUAUUUCCAGAUGAAAUACCCGAGUUGCCAAUUAGUAGGGAUGCGGAUUUCUCCAUUGAUCUCAUCCCUGGGGCUGGCCCAGUAUCCAUGGCGCCUUAUAGAAUGGCACCCGCAGAGUUGGCAGAGUUGAAGCAAAUAGAAGAUUUGCAUGAGAAGAAGGUCAUUCGGCCGAGCGCAUCACCUUGGGGAGCACCGGUACUGCUAGUAAAGAAAAAGGAUGGCAGUUCGAGGUUGUGUGUUGACUAUCGUCAGUUGAAUAAGCUGACCAUAAAGAAUAAGUAUCCGCUGCCGAGGAUAGAUGAUCUGUUGGAUCAAUUGAGGGGAGCCGUAGUGUUCUCUAAGAUUGACUUGAGGUCUGGAUACCAUCAAAUCUUAGUGAAACCAGAAAUUUUGCAGAAGAUGGCGUUUAGGUCACGAUACGGCCAUUACGAGUAUGUAGUGAUGCCGUUCGGGUUUGUUGUCGUGUUCAUUGACGACAUAUUGAUAUACUCGGAGAGUCGGGAUGUACAUGCAGAUCAUCUGAUAGUGGUGCUAGGAAUUCUCAAAGAGCAUAAAUUGUAUGGGAAGCUGUCAAAGUGUGAGUUUUGGUUGGAUGAGGUACAGUUCUUGGGUCAUGUAAUCUCAGCCCAAGGUAUAUUGGUGGAUCCAGCGAAGAUUGAAACAGUGGUGAAGUGGGAAAGGCCACAGACGGUUACCGAGGUGAGGAGCUUCUUGGGUCUGGCGGGUUAUUACAGGCGGUUUGUGGAGGGUUCUCCAAGCUGGUGA